CGCUGCCCGCGCUUCCGGGGCCUGGAUCCGGGCUGCAGUCAUCCUAUAGGCGGCGCGGGAGGAACGAGUGGUCUGAGGGGCCGGGAGGGCGGAUCCCUUUCCCUCCCAAUGUGAGCGGCGCCCCGACCCCCCGUCAGACGAAGGCUGCCAGGAGAGGUGGAGACGGUGGCCCGGGAACAUGCGGCAGUGUCUCCUCUUCCUCACCAGCUUAGUUCCUCUCGCGCUGGCGCCGCGACCUCCGGGCGAGCCGAGCUUCGGCUCCCCGCAGCGACUCGAGGAGCUGGACUCCGUGCUCUCGGACUACGACAUCCUCUCCCAGGCCAGCCUCCGCCAGCACUCAGUGCGGAAGAGGGACCUGCAGGCCCCGACGCACCUGGAGACACUGCUGACCUUCUCGGCGCUGAAAAGGCAUUUUAAAUUGUACUUGACAUCGAGCACUGAACGCUUCUCCCGGAAUUUCAAAGUCGUGGUGGUGGACGGCAAAGAGGAAAGCGAGUACAGCGUCCGGUGGCAGGACUUCUUCAGCGGGCACGUGGUCGGGGAGCCCAACUCUCGGGUUCUGGCCCACAUUGGGGACGAUGACGUCACCAUACGGAUCAACACGGACGCGGCGGAGUACAACGUAGAGCCACUUUGGAGACUAAUUAAUGAUACUAAAGACAAGAGAAUGCUGGUUUAUAAAUCCGAAGAUAUCAAGAAUGUUUCGAGGUUCCAGUCUUCAAAAGUGUGCGGGUACAUAAAGGCGGAAGAUGAAGAUCUGCUCCCGGAAGGGCUGAUAGACAGGGAGCCCCGUGAUGGGCACGCCCCUCGGGCGAAGAGGAGGGCCGAGCCGCACCCCCUGAAGAACACAUGCAAACUGCUGGUGGUGGCCGACCACCGCUUCUACCGGCACAUGGGCCGCGGGGAGGAGAGCACCACCACCAACUACCUGAUAGAGCUGAUCGACAGGGUGGACGACAUCUACCGGAACACUUCCUGGGACAACGCGGGCUUCCGAGGCUACGGGGUGCAGAUAGAGCAGAUUCGAAUUCUCAAGUCUCCGCAAGAGGUGAAACCUGGUGAGCGGCACUACAACAUGGCCAAAAGUUACCCGAACGAGGAGAAGGACGCGUGGGACGUGAAGAUGUUGCUCGAGCAAUUUAGCUUCGACAUAGCGGAAGAGGCAUCCAAGGUCUGCCUGGCACACCUCUUCACCUACCAGGACUUCGAUAUGGGGACUCUCGGGCUAGCGUACGUCGGCUCUCCCAGGGCGAACAGUCACGGGGGCGUCUGUCCGAAGGCGUACUACAGCGCGGCCGUGAGGAAGAACAUCUAUUUGAACAGUGGUUUGACCAGCACCAAAAAUUAUGGUAAAACCAUUCUUACAAAGGAAGCUGACCUGGUUACAACGCACGAACUGGGGCACAACUUUGGGGCGGAACACGACCCGGACGGUCUAGCGGAAUGCGCCCCCACCGAAGACCAGGGAGGGAAGUUCGUGAUGUACCCCAUCGCUGUGAGUGGGGACCAUGAGAACAACAAGAUGUUCUCCAACUGCAGCAAGCAGUCCAUCUACAAGACCAUCGAGAGCAAGGCCCAGGAGUGCUUCCAGGAGCGCAGCAACAAGGUGUGCGGGAACUCCAGGGUGGACGAAGGGGAGGAGUGCGACCCCGGCAUCAUGCACCUGAACAGCGACACCUGCUGCAACAGCGACUGCACGCUGAAGGAGGGCGUGCAGUGCAGUGACAGGAACAGUCCCUGCUGUAAAAACUGCCGGUUCGAGACCGCCCAGAAGAAGUGCCAGGAGGCCAUCAACGCCACCUGCAAAGGCGUGUCUCACUGCACAGGUAACAGCAGCGAGUGCCCCCCUCCCGGGAACGCCGAGGACGACACCGUGUGCUUGGACCUGGGCAAGUGCAAGGACGGGAAGUGCAUCCCCUUCUGCGAGAGGGAGCAGCAGCUGGAGUCCUGCGCGUGCAAUGAGACAGACAACUCGUGCAAGGUGUGCUGCCGGGACCCCGCGGGCCGCUGCGUGCCCUACGUGGACGCCGAGCAGAGGAACCUGUUCCUGAGGAAGGGGAAGCCCUGCACCGUGGGGUUCUGCGACGUGAACGGCAAGUGUGAGAAGCGGGUGCAGGACGUCAUCGAGCGCUUCUGGGACUUCAUCGACCAGCUGAGCAUCAACACUUUCGGGAAGUUCCUGGCAGACAACAUCGUCGGCUCCGUCCUGGUCUUCUCCCUGGUCGUGUGGGUCCCUCUCAGCGUGCUCGUCCACUGCGUGGACAAGAAACUGGACAAGCAGUACGAGUCUCUGUCGCUGUUUCACCCCAGUGUGAACGUGGAAAUGCUCAGCAGCAUGGACUCGGCGUCGGUGCGCAUCAUCAAGCCCUUCCCGGGGCCGCAGACCCCUGGCCGCCUGCAGCCGCUGCAGGCGGUCCCCGUGCUGCCCCUGGUGCCCACGGCCCCGAAACUGGACCACCAGCGGAUGGACACGAUCCAGGAGGAUCCCAGCACGGACUCGCACGCAGACGAGGACGGCCUUGAGAAGGACCCAUUCCCCAGCAGCAGCACGGCCGCCAAGUCCUUUGAGGACCUCACGGGCCACCCGGUCACCCGGAGCGAGAAGGCCUCGUCGUUCAAGCUGCAGCGGCAGAAUCGCGUGGACAGCAAGGAAACCGAGUGCUAGCCUCGGGGGCAGCGCCCCGAGUUCUCCGACCUACCUGAGUGUGCAGGGCGUUUCUACAGAUUUGACCUAAACCACUCACAGGUUUCUGUGAAGGUCUGGGAGGAACAAGGACGUGACUUCCAGCAGGUGCUCGUCGUGUGUGUGGAUUGCCUUGCGCACACACUUGCGGGGUUGGGCCCUUUCCCGUGUGGACAGGUGAGGUGAGUCUGGCUCGUUGGGAGGCUGUCAGUCAGGUUUUAGUGUUUUUGUUGUUUAAAAUAUCCUCCAACCUGUGGUGCAAAAGCAGAACACACAGCUGGAUCAUGCUGAAGUAUUUACGUUUUUGUAAAUUGACCUUUUGUGCUGGUGCCAGUGCUGAGCGGGGAGGCGCCGGUUCUCUUUUCCUGCCGUGGAAGGGGGAUGGGGGCACCGGGCGGUUACCCGUGAGGACAGCCGGGACGCAGCGUAAUUUAUUCUUUGGCCUUCAAGACAAGACAGAGAAAACGAGGUGUAUGUUCUCCCCCAAGCGGAGGUUCUGUUUCUAGGUGUUACUCAGUUCCCACCGGCAGGGAGAAUGACACAUCUGCACUUAGAAAUAAUUUGCGUUAAUGUUUCUGUAGAAUUCUAAGGUUAUUUCUAGAUUAAGUCCCUCCAGUUUACAGUGAGAGUCCCAAAUAGUGGCCAGCCAAAUUACAGAGUCCUGCCCAUUCUUUAGGGCCCUAACUUGCGACACAGUUUGUUUUUUAAGUAUCUUCGUGUAUUUCUAAUACUGUUGCUUAAAAACUCACAAAUCCUAAACUACUUCAGAGUAAGAGCACAGCCACCUGUUUUAAACACUAGGGGCCCAGGGGGUACGUGAGCUCUUUCUGGCCAUGAGGACCGGUGGUGGUCAGUGGGCAGGAGGGCGGCGCCGCCUCCCUCGGCUCUAACUGCACACGAGCGCGUCCAAAACACCCCUGGUGUGGGCCUGCGGGCGGCCAGCCGCGCUGUUUCCUGCCUCGGGGGUUCUGGACGGUGUGUGCUCACUUUGUGCAGGGUGAGUCAUCAGAUGGGAUUCUGAUUUCCUUGAACUUCUAGUUAAAACCUCCCCCCCCAAGUCCCGACACGUGCUCACCAGCCAACACGUUUUAAAUGAGGUAACUUACAAACUUCAAGGGCAAUUCACCAAACCUGUGACAAAUGGCGUCUCUUUUCUUUAAGGAUGUUUGUUACGCAGAUACCUGUUACACUAAUACUUGAACUUGUACCUUGUGGUAUUUGCUGUCUUUUAACUAGUUACGAUGAUAUUCUUGUACUUUAGUUACAUUUGGAAUCCGAUGUAAGGUGUGUGGUGUAUGUCUGAGAGUGAAGCAGUUCCCAGCUGAACGUAAGGAAAUCAUUUUUUAUAAAAUUAACUUUUUAAAAAGCG